AUGGCAUCAGUCAACAUGGAAGCAGUCGUCAACAUGGCAUCCAUCAACAUGUCGUGUCCCGAUAUAGACAACUCAUUCGGACCUUGGGCUAAACAAUGCCGUGGGGAGUUUGAUUUCACACUUCUCUUCGAGGAGAGUAUCCUCACGUUGGUGCCAUUAUGUGUCAUGAUUCUGCUUUCCCCAUUCCGCAUCGCCUACCUCUUCAAGAAGAAGCGAAAGGUCGAAGAUAGUCCGCUCAUCCAUGUGAAGAUUACGUCUCUUGCAGCAUACUGUGGUUUGCAGCUGUUGCUUGUAAUUCUCUGGACCCGCCCACAUAUCGAAAGAACCCAGCUCUCCAUUGCGACGAAUGCCCUCACACUCGUUGGAUCCAUUCUUUUCGUUCUCCUGUCGUAUGCUGAACACAUCUAUACCGUCCACCCGUCUCUUAUGCUCAACCUGUUUUUCUUCUUCACAUUGUUUUUCGACAUCGUACGAGCCAGGACACUAUGGCUUCGAGAUUCCACGGACUCCGGUCAAAUCAUUGCUUGGGGAUUUACCGCCACGGUUGCCUUGAAAUUUGUCAUUUUGGUCCUUGAAAUCGCUGAGAAGAGAUUCAUACUCAAGCCAGAGUACAAAGAUUAUCCUCCAGAAGCUACCGCUGGUAUUCUCAACCGAAGUUUCUUCGUCUGGGUGAACUCUCUCUUCUUUGCCGGUUUCUCGAAACUCCUCUUUGUCGAGGAUUUGUGGGAGGUGGAUAAGCAAAUGCUCUCUGAGGGUGUUCACGAUAGAAUGAACGCUGCAUGGGAAAAAGUCAAAACGAAGACGCCGAAUUCGCUGCUGUUCGUGACCUUCAACACCCUGAAGUGGCCGAUUUUGUCGAUUGCCUUCCCAAGACUUUGUCUCAUUGGAUUCUUGUUCUCCCAACCAUUCCUGUUGAACAGAGCAAUUCUGCUUGCCUCUGAGCCGAUCACCGAACAAACCACCAACCAGGGAUACGGGCUGAUUUUUGCCUAUGUCAUCGUCUAUGUUGGAUUGGCUGUCACUAUGGGUCAAUACCAGCAUCUGACUUACCGUGCCAUUACCAUGGUUCGCGGUGGCUUGAUCUCCAUGCUUUACCGCAAAGCAACCGACGUUAGCAUCCAGGAUGUUGACCCAGCUUCGUCCAUGACUCUUAUGAGUGCCGAUAUCGAGCGUAUCGUUCAGGGAUGGCAGAGCAUGCACGAGCUUUGGGCAGCAGCAGCUGAAGUCGGUAUUGCCAUCUUCUUGCUCCAGAAGCAGCUCGGUGUUGCUUGUGUUGUCCCAAUUGCUGUCUCUAUCCUCUCUCUCUUCGGAUCUGUCCUCGCAAUGAACUUCGUCAUGGCCCAUCAAGCUUUGUGGUUAGAAGCCAUUGAGCGCCGUAUUUCUGCCACCAGUGUCAUGCUCGGUUCGAUGAAGGGUGUCAAGAUGUGCGGUUUGAAGGAGAUUUUGCUCACCAACUUGCACAACUUGAGGUUGGAGGAAUUGAAUAUUUCCAAGAAGUUCCGUAAACUCCUGAUUUGGAAUAUGGGUUUCGCAUGUAUCACAACAGCAUUCGUGUCACAGGUUUUCGGUCCUAUCAUUACUUUCGCUGUGUUUGCUGCCAUUAACAGGAAUGGUGGUGGCAACGCGAUCCUCGAUAUCAGUCGAGUAUUCACUUCGCUGUCCCUGUUCGCUCUGUUGGCCGAGCCGUUGCAGGCCCUGAUCAUGUCCCUGGUAACGUUCUUGGGCUCAGUCGGAUGCUUCACCCGUAUUCAAGAGUUCCUAGACAAAGCUCCACGAGUCGACACCAGACGUCAGCCUGAGGACCGCUCCAACCUCUUCUCCUUCAGCCAGCAGACCCUCGCCCUCUCCGACAAGGGAAAUGAUGCCGCUAAGAACAACGAAAAGGCCGCCCGUAGCUCCAACACGCCUACUAUCAAGUCGAUGAAGUCCGGUGGUUCAUUCCCGUUCAAGAACUUGGGACAAUCCAACCCCGAAGUAGACGCCGUGGUCAUCCGCGAUGGAUGCUUCGCAUGGGAGAGCGAGAAAGGAGCUGUUCUGAAAUCCAUUAACAUGUCUGCACCCCGUUCCAAGACCACCAUCAUCGUCGGCCCUGUUGGCUGCGGUAAAUCUUCUCUCCUUAAGUCCAUUCUUGGUGAAACCGUCUGUCUCGGAGGCGUUGUCGAGGUUUCCUCUAUGAACAUGGCAUUCUGCGACCAAACCGCUUGGCACAUGAACGAGACCAUCAAGGACAGUAUCAUCGCCGUUUCGGACCUGGACGAAGAAUGGUACGCCACCGUUGUACGAGCCUGUGGUCUCGCCCAAGAUCUUCGACAGCUUCCCCGUGGUGACCAGACGAUCGUUGGAAGCAAAGGUAUCGCACUCAGCGGUGGCCAAAGCCAGCGUAUUGCACUUGCCCGAGCCAUCUAUGCUCAGAAGGAUAUUCUCAUUCUCGAUGAUGUGUUGAGUGGAAUCGAUGCUGCCACAGAAAACCACAUCUUCCACCAUCUGCUUGGAUCCGAAGGAUUGCUGCGCCGACUUGGCACUACCGUCAUCAUUACGUCGUCUUCGCCCAAGCGUCUUCCCUAUGCCGACCACAUUGUUGCUCUUGACUCCGAAGGCCGAAUUGCUGAACAAGGAAAAUUCGAAGAGCUCAAUGCCUCCGGCGGUUAUGUUUCCACCUUCAACCUUCCAUCUGCUGACUGGCUGUACAAGCCUGAGCCAGAGCGUCCUCUGCCCAAGGCUGUUGCCAUCACCGAUAUCCCUCAAACUUCCGACGAGCUAGAGGCUGCCGCCAAUCGACGAAUGGGUGACAUGGCCAUCUAUCUGUACUAUGCGAGAUCCAUUGGCUGGCCAACCACCAUACUCUUCAUGUUCUUCAUCAGCGCAUUUGUGUUCUGUAUUUCGUUCCCAACUAUCUGGUUGAAAUGGUGGGCAGCUGCCAACGUAGAGGCCCCGUACGAGAAGCUCGGUUACUACCUUGGUAUCUAUGUAAUGCUUGGUGUCCUUGCCAUCAUCUCUCUCAUCCUCGGUUCCUGGCAAAUGAUCAUCACCAUGGUCCCCAAGUCCGGAGAGGCCUUCCACUUGACUCUCUUGAAAACCGUUCUGUCCGCUCCUCUGUCCUUCUUCUCCACCACUGACCAGGGUGUGACCAUGAACCGAUUCAGUCAGGACUUGCAGCUCAUCGACAUGGAACUUCCCGUCGCCGCUCUCAACACCUUCGCAACCUUCGUGUUGUGUUUCGCCCAGAUGGUCAUCAUCGGUGUUGCAUCAGUGUAUGCCGCGAUCUCCUUCCCAAUCAUCCUCGGUGCCCUGUACUUCAUCCAAAAGUACUACCUCCGCACCUCUCGACAGCUCCGAUUCAUGGAUCUCGAGGCCAAGGCUCCUCUGUACUCCCAGUUCACCGAAUGUCUCAACGGCCUGGCCACCAUCCGCGCCUUUGGAUGGCAGGAAGCCUUGGAGAAGAAGAACCGUAAACUUCUCGACCGCUCUCAGAAGCCAUUCUACCUUCUCUUCUCCGUGCAGCGAUGGUUGACUCUGGUCCUUGACUUGGUUGUCGCCGGUAUUGCCGUUCUCCUGAUCGUCCUUGUCGUCAAGCUCCGUGGUACCAUCAGCGGUGGCUAUGCCGGUGUCGCCCUCCUCAACGUCAUCCAGUUCAGCCAGAGCAUCAAGCUGCUCAUCACCUUCUGGACGACACUCGAAACCCACAUUGGAGCCAUUGCCCGUAUCAAGGUGUUCAACGAGACUGCAUUGCCCGAGGACAAGGACACCGAGACCACCCAGCCACCACCAAACUGGCCUGCUCAGGGUGGAAUCGAAUUCAAGUCUGUCUCGGCAGAGUACCGUGAAGGCGAGCCCAUCCUUAAGAACGUCACCCUUAGCGUCGCUCCCGGCGAGAAACUCGGAAUCUGCGGUAGAACCGGAAGUGGAAAGAGUUCUCUCAUCCUAACAAUCUUCCGCAUGAUGGAACUAAGCGGUGGCAGCAUCUGCAUCGACGGCAUCGACAUCAGCACGAUCCCCCGUCAAGAAGUCCGCUCCCGCAUCACCGGUGUGUCGCAGGAUGCACUCAUCCUCAAGGGCUCCAUGCGUCUCAACGUCGACCCAUCCGGUGCCCUGGCCGACGACGCCAUGAUCUCUGCCCUCAAGAGCGUGCAGCUAUGGAACGUCAUCAGCGAGAAAGGCGGGUUGGACACCGACAUCGACGAGUUCCAUCUCUCUCACGGCCAGAAGCAGCUCCUCUGUCUUGCCAGAGCGAUCCUGCGGCCCAGCACGAUACUUAUCCUCGACGAGGCCACCAGCAACGUCGACAACAAGACCGACGAGAUCAUGCAGCGAGUCAUCCGCGAGAAGCUGUCAUCGCGCACCAUCAUCGCCGUCGCCCACAAGCUCGACACGAUCCUCGACUUUGACCGUGUCGCUCUGCUGGACGGCGGAGAGCUGCUCGAGUACGACGAUCCCUACACCCUCCUCUCGACCGACUCCUCCUUUAGCAGGCUGUACGCCAGCACCAUGGCCGAGACGCCCGAGGACGUCGAAGUCAUCAGCGUCUCUGACGACAUGAUCAGCACCCCAGCCACGGGCCGCAACAGCGCAUAG